GUAUAUACUUUGAGAUACUGUCCUCAAAUAAUUGUCGUCUUCGUGCUCGUGCUCUGGCUAAGAACGACUUCAUUUUCCCUUAAGGAAAUUUCGGCAAAAAAAAAUUAUUCAAAAACGUGUGCUUGUAAUUUUGUGAAUAUAUCAAUGUGAUGCGAAUAAAAUAAGCAACAGAAAAAAAACCUGUUUACAUAACGAGGUUCAAGGAUUUUUAAGUGGUUAUUAAUACGUUGUGUAUUAGACAAGAUAAAUUGAUGUUUUUCUUCAUUUUCCUUUUUUAUGAUCCUACCAUUUUACUGUGUACCUGUCCAAGUCUAUAACAUAUUAGUAGACGUUAUACACACAUUUUUUUUCGUUUUUUGCGUACAUUAUUUAAGCGACGAACAAACCAAAAAUCAUGAUGAGUCAAGAAAACGUCCGUUAGCCCAAUGAAUAUUUGAUUUUGAUGAAAGAGUUCUAAUUCUAUUACCCAAAAAAAGACCAAACCAAAACAGCAUGCGUAAUCUUGACACGUUGGCACAAAAAACCAUUUUUUUUAUUAGAUAUUUUCCACAUAUGAAGUAGAAGGGAAAUAAAUAACAAUAAACAAGUUAAAUUGAUUAAACGCGAGUGAUUAAAUUAAAUCUGCAAAAAAUAAACAUAAUAAUAAUUGAAAGAGAAACCCUUAGAGCAUACACAUGAUGUUUUUUGUUUAGUGUGUUGUGAACGGAUUUUGUAAACAGCAAACUGAAUGGUAUACCUAAACGGUCACUGUGCACAUAAUAUAAUAUAGAACAUUAUAUCUCGUCAAUGUUAUGGUUUCACCGCAAUGAUAUAUCGGAUUACAGCAGUUUAAUUUAAAAAAUAUGACGGUUUGAAAAUUACAUGAGGGGCGAAGACCCCAGGCUCCGAUAAAUUUUCAUCAACGUCGAUCCUCUUCCAUGGUAAACCAUCUAUAUGAGAGCGAGAGGAUUUAUUAAUUAAUGACAACAGAAUGGACUUUCUAAAAGCACCGCCGCCAAGACCGCCCAUUGGUGCUAUUGACAGUGAUAUAGCGAAUGUGGUAAAAGAUGCCUACCGAAACAUAUUCAUUGAUAAUGGUGGUCCCGAUUCAUAUCUAAGUUCCGACAUAAAUAAUUUUUUGAACGAUUCAUUCAACGGAACAUUUAAUUUAAGUAGUACACCAAUAUCAAAUGGGACUGACACAAAUACCGAUGAAGAUGUUACCGAGUUUAUUGUUAUGCUCGUCACAUCGACACUGCUAGGACUAAUGAUUUUAAUGACCGUAAUAGGAAAUGUGUUCGUAAUAGCUGCCAUUAUACUUGAACGAAAUCUACAGAACGUUGCUAAUUACUUGGUCGCGUCGUUAGCUGUGGCUGAUUUACUUGUCGCUUGCUUAGUCAUGCCUUUAGGAGCUGUAUACGAGAUUAGUCAAGGCUGGAUUCUUGGACCAGAAUUAUGUGAUAUCUGGACGUCGUGUGAUGUCUUAUGCUGUACAGCGUCCAUUCUCCACCUCGUUGCAAUUGCCAUGGAUCGUUACUGGGCUGUGACGAACGUCGAUUACAUUCAUUCACGAACUAGUGGUCGGGUAACAAUUAUGAUUGGACUUGUAUGGACUGUAUCGAUUGUUGUUUCACUAGCUCCGCAAUUCGGUUGGAAAGAUCCUGAAUAUAUGCAACGAAUUGAACAGCAGAAAUGUAUGGUAUCGCAGGAUGUUGCGUACCAGGUCUUUGCUACGUGUAGUACAUUUUAUGUUCCUUUACUGGUGAUAUUAGUUUUAUAUUGGAAAAUUUAUCAAACAGCGCGUAAACGAAUUCAUAGGAAUAGGAGGCCAAAACAAACAACUUCCGCAAAUAACAACCAGGUUGCUCCACCAAAAUCAAAAUCACGCCUACGAUUUCGACUAGGUUCGAAAUUUUCAAAUCAAGGAAAAUCAGCAGUGUCCUCGCUAGGAUUAGUGGAAGGAAAUUCAACAAAUACAGUAAACACAGUAGAGGAAACAGAAUACUCCAGUAAUGACAAGAAGGGCAUCGAGGCUACAACUACGUUCAACAAAUUAGACGAGAGUCAACCUUUGAGCAGUAAUCAAAUUGCAACCGUAUCACAUCAGGUAUCCACCAGUCAAACAACAUCAAUUUGUCCACAAACAAAUCAGCUACAACACGACAGCCAUGGAAUACACACACCGGUACAAAGCCAAAUAUCAACUCCAACCAUUCAUCAUCAUCAACCCAACCAAAUGGCAAACAAUAGUCAAAUAUCUACUCCGAUACAGCAUCAUCAACCAUCUUCAUCAAGUACUUUGAAUCCCCAAGCUCAAGUCAAAACACGUAAAGAGACAUUGGAGGCUAAACGUGAACGAAAAGCGGCCAAAACUUUGGCUAUCAUCACUGGUGCAUUUGUGGUUUGUUGGUUGCCGUUCUUUUUAAUGGCUUUGCUAUUACCCUUAUGUGAUUCAUGCCACAUAAACGAUAAAAUAGCCGCAUUUUUCCUUUGGCUGGGAUACUUCAAUUCGACAUUAAAUCCCGUUAUUUACACAAUAUUCAGUCCAGAAUUUCGUCAAGCGUUCAAACGAAUUUUGUUUGGCACACACAGAAGCGGAUAUUAUCGGGGUGGCAAACUUUAGUAGCUAGUUGGAUUUUCAUUUUAUUAAAUUAAUGUUUAUUUUAAAAUUUUCGUUUCGAGAACAUUUACAGACUUUCCGCCGGUAGUGGUUUGUACUGUGUGCGCUAAUCCGUUCGAGAGGAAAAAUGAUGCUAAAAAAAUUGAAAUGUUACAGUGCGUAUAAUUUUCCUCUUGAAAAUUUUGAUGGAUAAGAAUUUAUCUGGUAAAUGUAUAUUUGUUGUAAGGUUGUUAAAAAUUUUCAAGUUUAUUAAGACAAAUGUUCCAUACGGAAUUAAUUAAAUUCGUUUGUUAGCAGCUGAGUGUGUUGAGCCCAUUAUCAAAAUUAUUUUCGGUUGCAGUUCUGCGCAGUGCCCGCCCUAUCAUUUCUCAUUUGCAUAAAUAAUCAUUUUUUUUUUCUUUUUGAUCUGCUUGGUGUGAGGAUUGCGGUUAGUUUCUGCGUGUCUGACAUUAUUCCCUUGUUAAAUAACACAGAACUAAAAAUAGUUUUACUCGAUUUUUGGUAUUGAGAUCAGUCUUUGUUCUGUGUCCGACGACUCUUAUUCUGUAAAAUAUGUAAGUGUCAACACUGUUCGAAUAUAGGCUACUUCGAGCGGAAAUAAACGCACUCACUUGCUGUGGGGAUAAACGGGAUAAACAAAAAACAUAACCGCACAUACCGAAUUUUCCGAACAUUAAUGUUUUGUUUUUACGAUAUUUUGUGUAAGAAAUGUAAAUAAGUAGUGAAAAUUAUGGAAUACUGUGCAAAUAAGCCGUGUCAUCGAGAUUUAGGGCGAAAACAAAAAGAUUCAUUUUUGGUUUGGAGUGAUAAACAUCCGAUACGAAAUCGUCAACAAAAACCGAACAUGACAAAGGACACCGAACACUUAACGACACGACUUAUUUUUACAUUAUUUCGUUAUUUUCACUAUUUAUUUACAUUUCUAAUGAAUUUCUUGCACAAAAUAUCGUAAAAACAAAAUAUUAUUGUUCGGAAAAUUCGGUAUGUGCGGUUAUGGUUUUUGGUUAUCCCCACAGCAAGUGAGUGCGUUUAUUUCUCCGCGAAGUAGCCUACAUUCAAAUUCUUCUAUAUAGCGUCAUCUAUUGAACGUGAAAAUAGCAAAUACGAAAUUAACUUUAGUCAACAUUUCUUGCAUUAGGCGCUUCUCAGCGGAGUCAAAAUGCAAAUUUCCUUCGCGCUUACAUUUCGAAAUAAGUAAGUAUUAUAAAUUUAAGAUACUCACAACUCACACACAUAAUUGGAUAUUUUGUAUUGCUUCACAGCCUUAACAAAAUUUUUGUCAGUCCAAACUCUUAUGCCACUGCUUCAAACCGAUUCAUUUAUCAGAGUUUUCCAGUUGAAACAAUAGUUAUUUGUGUAUCUGCGAAAGUGCCUAAAAUCAA